GGAAGCACAUUAGUGAUCUUUAUGAAGAUCUACGCGAUGGACAUAACUUAAUUUCACUUUUGGAAGUCCUCUCUGGAGUGACUCUGCCUCGUGAGAAAGGCCGCAUGCGUUUCCACAGGUUACAGAAUGUACAGAUUGCACUUGACUACCUAAAGCAACGACAGGUGAAACUAGUAAAUAUUAGAAAUGAUGACAUUACUGAUGGAAAUCCUAAACUAACACUUGGUUUAAUUUGGACCAUAAUUCUACAUUUUCAGAUCUCUGAGAUCUAUGUGGGUGGAGAAUCGGGUGACAUGUCAGCUAAAGAAAAACUAUUACUUUGGACGCAGAAAUUGACGGAAGGUUACUCUGGGUUAAAAUGCUCCAAUUUCACCUCUAGCUGGAGUGAUGGAAAAGUAUUCAAUGCCAUUAUCCAUAAGUACAGGCCAGAUCUCAUUGACAUGGAGAAAGUUGCACUUCAGAGCAAUCAGGAGAAUUUGGAGCAAGCCUUUGCUGUUGCUGAAGCACUUGGUGUGACAAGACUGUUGGAUCCAGAAGAUGUUGAUGUUCCAUCUCCGGAUGAGAAGUCAGUCCUCACUUAUGUCUCCUCCAUAUAUGAAUCAUUUCCAAAGGUCCCAGAAGGAGGUGAAGGUGUCAAUGCAAAUGAGGUUGAUUCUAAAUGGCAGGAAUACCAGAAUAAAGUAAACUACCUCUUCGAGUGGAUCAGGCAGCACAUCAUACUGAUGUCUGAUAAAGCUUUUCCACACAAUCCUGUAGAACUUAAGGCACUUUAUAAUGAAUAUGUACAUUUUAAAGAAACUGAAAUACCAGCAAAAGAAGCAGAAAAGGCACAAAUACAACAUUUAUAUAAAUUAUUUGAGGUUUGGAUAGAGUUUGGUCGAAUUUUGCUUCCCCAAGGAUACCACCCCAAUGAUGUAGAAGAAGAAUGGGGCAAACUGAUCAUUGAAAUGUUGGAGAGAGAGAAAGCCCUCAGACCUGCAGUAGACAGGCUGGAACUAUUGCUGCAGAUUGCCAAUAAAAUCCAAAAUGGAGCUUUGAACUGUGAGGAAAAAAUAACAUUGGCCAAAAAUACUCUGCAAGCUGAUGCUGCUCACAUAGAGUCAGGCCAGCAGGUUCAAUAUGAAACUGAAGUGCUUAUGUACUUAGAGGAAUGUGAGCAAAUAAUACGGCAGCUUCAAAUUGAUGUGCAGAUUCUGAGAGAUGAGAAGUAUUAUCAAGUGGAACAAAUUGCGAUGAGAAUUAUUAAACUACAGGAUGAGCUUGUGGCAUUGAGACUUGAAUGCACAAACUUGUACAGAAAAGGACAUUUUAUCUCCUCCACAGAGCAUUUGCAACCUUUGAACUUGACUGUCACUGACUUAACAACUGAUGCCAGUUCAGGCACUUUGCACAUCACUUCCCUUAUGGGGUUUAAAAAACCCGUGACAAGAUCAGAAUUGAUUGCAGCCUCUUCAACACAAGAUGAAGGAAACCUGAGAUUUGUGUAUGAGCUUUUGGCUUGGGUGGAGGAAGUGCAGGUAAGGCUUGAUCGAGCUGAGUGGGGCACUGACUUGCCUAGUGUGGAGAUACAGCUUGAUAACCACAAGACAAUCCACACUGCGGUAGAAGAACUGGAAUCUAGUCUUAAAGAAGCUAAAAUUUAUGAAGGUCAAAUCUCUCCCAAUUUCAAGACCAGUUAUGUAGAUACAUUAAGUAAACUGGAGCUACAAUACCUCAAACUACUGGAAACUUCAAGGUUACGAAUGAAGCACUUGACUAGUUUGCACAGUUUUGUAUCAAAAGUGACAACGGAGCUUAUCUGGCUAAAUGAAAAGGAGGAAGAAGAAUUGGCUUAUGACUGGAGUGACAACAAUACGAAUAUUUCUGCCAAGAAAGAAUAUUUCAUUGAACUGAAGAAAGAAUUGGAGCAGAAGCAGAAAGUUAUUAAAUCCCACCAGGAAACAGGAGAGCAUCUUUCACUAGAGAACCAUCCAGCCAGACAGACAGUUGAGGCAUACAGUGCUGCCCUUAAGACACAAUGGCACUGGAUCAAACAAUUAUGUUGCUGCGUGGAACAACAUGUAAAAGACAAUACUGCUUACUUCCAGUUUUUAACUGACAUUAAAGAAGCAGAACAGUAUUUACGGAAUCUUCAGGAGACAAUAAAGAGAAAAUAUAAGUGCGACCGGACCAGUAGUCUGUCAAAACUAGAGGAUCUACUUCAAGAUUCCAUGGAUGAAAAGGAGCAGCUGAUCAAGUACAAGAGUUCCAUAGCGAGUCUUGUUGGAAGAGCAAAAACAAUUGUUCAAUUGAAACCAAGAAACCCCGAUAAUGCUAUAAAAACCACAAUCCCAAUCAAGGCUAUCUGUGACUACAGGCAGAUUGAGAUUACUGUCUGUAAAAAUGAUGAGUGCGUUCUGGAGGAUAACUCUUACCGAACCAAGUGGAAAGUUAUUAGUCCAACUGGGAAUGAGGCAAUGGUUCCAUCUGUCUGUUUCACAAUCCCUGCACCAAAUGAAGAAGCAAUUGACACUGGCAGCAGGGUUGAACAAAUGUAUCAGAAUGUUAUGGCUUUGUGGCACCAGCUGCAUAUUAAUAUGAAAAGUGUUGUGUCCUGGAAUUACCUAGUGAAAGACAUUGAAACCAUUCACUCCUGGAACAGAGAAACGUUUAAAACUCUGAAAGCAAGUGAGCAAACACAUGCAUUGAAAAAUCUCCAGAUGCAUUUUGAGGAUUUUCUUGAGGACAGCCAGGAGUCUCAGGUCUUCUCCAUUGCAGACAGAUUACGGUUAGAGGAAGAUGUUGAUAACUGUAAGGAACAAUGUGAGAAGCUACUAGUAUCCAUGGAAACAGAAGAGAAGGAUGAAACGUUGAGUAAAACAUACAUCUCUGAGCUUCAAAACAUCUGUCUGCGACUAGAGAAGUAUCAAGACCAAUUAAUACGGAGGAUUCAGGCCUCUGUUGAAGGCAAUGCCGUUCAAGAUAGUGCCUUCAGAAUCGUUGAGCAAGAGAACAUGCAGCAGGAACUAGAUGGAUUGAAAUCUCAAUUAAAUCAACUGACAAAAAAAUGUGAGAGUUUUUUCCACCAGUCUCCCUCUGCAGCAAGUAUUCCGGCUUUGCAUUCUGAGAUGGACUUGGUAAUACAGAAGAUGAAUCAAGUGCAUUCAUUGUCCUCCACUUACAUGGACAAGCUGAAAACAGUGGAUGUUAUGUUGAAAAGCAGUCAAGGAGCUGAGAUGCUUGUAAAAAUGUAUGAAAUGAAGCUGAGUGAGGAAGAUGCAGUACCAGUAGACCAGGAGGCUAUUGAAAGACACAGAACCUUACUACAGCAAUGGCUUCAUGAUGUGAAUGAUAAACAAGACGUGUUUUCCUCUUUGGAUGAGGAAAUGCAGCAAGCAAAUGCUGUUGGUGAACAUCUCUUCCAGCUACACAAUGAACGCAACUUGGAUUUGGAACGAUAUCAAGAAAAGGCAGUGCAGCUGAAGGAUCGGUGGCGAAAUAUCUGUUCACAGAUUGAAACCAGAGAAUCUGAAUUGGAAAGCAUUGAAGGGUUAUUAGAGAAUUACAGAGGCUGCCAUCAGUCACUGAUAGAUUGGAUCGAAGAAACAACUGCACAGCAAGAGAAAAUGGAACCAGGCAAGGCUGAAGAUACCAAGAUCCUGUCACAGCAACUUAGUCAACAAAUGGCAUUGGUUGCUGAGAUUGAAAAGAAUCAAACUAAAUUAGAUGAAUGCCAAAAUCUGUCUAAACAGUACUCUGUUUCUGUAAAGGAUUAUGAAUUGCAGCUGAUGACUUAUAGAGCAUUUGUUGAAUCCCAUCAAAAACCAACUGCAAAACGCCGGAGAAUGCACUCCUCAUCAGAUGUCAUAACCCAAGAGUUCAUGGACCUUCGAACCCAGUACACAGCAUUGGUGACACUUACAACCCAACAUGUUAAGUACAUCAGUGAUUCUUUAAGGCGACUGGAGGAAGAGGAAAAAGUUGUUGAAGAGGAGAAACAUGAGCGUGUUGAAAAAAUGAAGGAGCUCCUUAGCUGGGUUUUGAAUACCAGUCAUGAAGUGAAAAACAGGAACGUUUUCCCAGAAGAGGGAGACCCGAGAUCCAUUGAACAGUCAUUUUGUGAGCAGCAGGCAAUUACAGAAGAACUCCAUGCCAAGAACCAUCAAAUAGCAGAGGCAAUCAAAGCAACACAGAUCUUUCUAGCAAAACAUGGGAACAGGAUGUCUCUGGAAGAACAGCAACAAGUGACAUCACAGUUGAACAUGCUAAAAGAAACAUAUGGUCACCUGUGUGAACAAUCGGCAGAGCAACUUCAGCAACUACAGGAUAAACUCACUCAGGAAGUGCAGCGCAAGGUGGAGGUAUUUUGUAGUUCUUCUCCAACACUCCCACAUGAACAAAUAGAAUUUCCAGAGAAUGAAACAAUUGCAGGUGUGAUUGACCUGGGAACAGUAGAAAUGUUUUCAAUUUUCCAUGCCAUGCAGAAGGGCUUUAUAGAUCAGGACACAGGGCUUGCUUUGCUGCAAAUUCAAGUAAUUAAUUCUGGCCUCAUAACCCCUGAAACAAAUGAAAGUCUAACAGUGGAAGAAGCUUUCGAAAGAGGUGCACUAGAUGACCGAACAGCUAAAUCUUUAAAAAAUCUGCAGGCUGCAAUACAGCUUCUGAAAAGCGCAAGCUUUAGAAGUAAAAAGCUUCUGCCUGUUGCUGCUGCUAUUGAAGAGAAGAAAAUUGAUGAGAAUGUUGGGCUGAAGAUUUUGGAGGCACAGCUUUGCAGUGGUGGUCCUCGUCACCCAUCAGUAGAUGAAGCUGUGAAUUUGGAUAGGACUUUACGACAGGGACUGAUUAGUACUUCUCUUCAUGCAAAGCUGAAAGCGAGACAAAGAAUGCAGAAAAGUCUCAUUGAUCCAAACACAGGAGAAAAGCUCAAUCUUUCAGAACUGAUUGAACGGUGCAUUGUUGAUAAAGAAACUGGAUUGACGUUAUUUCCAAUAAAACAACUUGCUGGUGGAAUGGUGUGCCUGAAAUCAGGUAGAAAAGUUAGCAUAUUCCGUGCUAUUCAGGAAGGCCUGAUAGAUCAACAGGUGAUGGUAAGACUUUUGGAAGCCCAGCUGUUUGCUGGAGGCAUUGUAGAUCCUAGAACAGGGCACCGAUUGACGGUGGAUGAAGCAGUCAGACAUAAUUUAAUUGAUCAUGACAUAGCCUGUUCCAUAUUAAUUCGUCAGAUCCAGAUGGGUGGUGUUAUUGACCCUGUCUCGGGUCAGCGACUAACACUGGAUGAAGCCGUGCAACGGGAUUUGAUGACCUCAAGAAGUGCGUUGGUUAUAUUGCAGUCCCAGUUGUCUUUUAAGGGUUUGCUGUGGCCAGAAUCUGGUGAAGUCCUUCCGAUGGCUAAUGCUUUGCAACAGGGACUUGUCUCCACAGAACUUGCGCACAAAAUCCUGAAGAAGAGAGCCACGAUAUCAGAACUUUACGUCCCAGAAACAACUGAAGUGCUGUCCUGGGAAAAGUCAAUUCAACAUGGAUUUGUAGACUCUAAAGUUGCUGAAGUGUUAAAGUCUAUUCAUAUACCUGAUAUGAUACCAAAUAUCAAAGAACCAAGUACUGCAAACCUGAACAGAUUGAAUUGGUGGUCAGCUUCUGAAAGCCUGGCAAAUUCCAAUUUGACAUGCCUAGAUAUGGACAGUGGUACUGAAACCUCUGAUAGUCAAAUAGCAGAGGUAAAGCUGUUGUCAUAUUUGAUGGCACAAACUUACAUAGAUGUGCACACUGGUAACAGAUUACUUUUGAUUGAUACGGAGUUGAAUGACAUCACAAAAGAAAUCAUAGGUGCAACUGUGGUUGUGAAAGAGAAAGGUCUGUCGGAUGAAUGCAAUGGAGAGGAUAUUUCAAUGGAAAUAAACGCUCCACAAUUUGUUGAAAUAUGUUAUUCAGAUAAUGCAGUGUUAGAGCAGAAUGACAAAUUAAAAGCAAGUGAUGAGAAGAAAACUGAAGUUCUUCAUGGAAAACAUGAGUCAACCUCAGACAUACAGAUUAAGGAAACUAUAAUUGGCAAAGAAAUAGCAGUCAGUAAAAAAAUUGACUUUGUGUCUCAAGAAUUAGGUAAUAAACCUGGAACAUGUGAAGAUGUUCUAUUAAAUAAAGCACAGCCAACGACUAAAAGAAAAAAGAAAAUGGUGAAGCGUGAGACUGAUGAGAAAGAAAAACUUAAACAAACACUGGCUAAAUCUAAGCCUGUCACUAGUGUAAUCAUUAAUGAAACUGCUAUUGCUGACAAACCUACAGAACUACAAUAUAAAGCAUCCAUAUCUAACAAAGAUACUGACAAUUCACUUUCUGUGGUAACUGCCAUGAAAAAUCUAUUGCCUUCUCAAAGGCGGGAUGACAUUAACAAAGAAACCAUUGAACUGCAGGCAGAUGCACCAUUAUUUGGUUCAGAAAUAGAUGUUGCAGCAUCUACAACUCAAAAGUCACUUCAAGAAUCUCAUGAUAGGUUUGAGCUCUAUUUUUUACAAUCAAGCUGUGAUGGAGUUGCUUCUCUCCUAAAUACCAGCAAGAGUGAACCAAUAUUAUGUGAAGAAAUUGAACAAGACCAUCUGAAUGAGACAAUAAAAGGUAAAAGUGAAAAGCUGUCUAACAGAGGGCAAAAGUCUGAGCAAUAUGAAGUAGUAGAGGCUGUCCAAUACUUAAAACCUGCAUUAAAGUCGAUUCCAACAGAAGAAUUGUUGGAAGAGAAACUGGCAUUAAGUUGUCUGAUUGACCAGCUUCAAAGCGGAGGCAUCAUUGAUGAUCAAACAGGACAAAAACUAGCACUCAAUGAAGCAGUGGCCAAAGGAGUGCUGCAAAGCCACACUGCUCUCAAACUGAUGGAAAAGCUAUGCAUCUUCAGUGGCUUCUUUGAUCCUCAAUCCUGUGAGACGCUUACAGUAGCUGAGGCAGUAGAUGAAGGACUUGUGGAUGAACAGUUGAUUCAUAAGAUAUUCAACUCUGAGAAAGAUAUUUGUGGUGUAAUUGAUCCGGAAAACUCUUCCAUACACUCUGUUAAAGAUGCAGCUGAAGUUGGCCUUCUGGAUCAGGAAACUGCAGCCAGAAUCCUGGAGGGACAGGUGGUUUCCGGUGGAAUCAUUGACUUAAAGCGAGGCAAACGGUUAUCAGUGACUUUAGCUUCAAAAAUGGGCUUGGUAGAUAAUGCACAUUUGGAUAAUUUGACCAAGCUGGAGAAGGCCAUUAAAGGAAAGGAAUCUGAUGAGAAGACAAGGCUGAGAAAGUUUUCAUUACAGCUGGAAAUGAAUGGCAUAGUGGAUCCGCAAACAAAAGAAUGCUUGACUAUUGUUGAAGCAAGAAAGAGGGGUAUCCUUGAUAAAGCAACCAUUCUUAAUGUUUUGAAAAAGCAGGUGGUUUUGGGGGGCAUUAACCAUGACAUAUCAGGAACUAGACUUUCUGUAACUGCUGCAACAAAAUGUGGUCUGGUUGACCAAGAUAUAGCUGAAGAAUUAAUUGAAGUAGAGAAAGCUUGUCAGCAUGUGUAUCUCCAUCCUAAGACAAUGCAGCCAGUCACUUUGUCUGAAGCUACAAAAUUAGGUCUCGUAAACUCAAACUUUGCUUUGGAAGUGCAAGAACUCCAGGCUUUGAGUGGCAGGUUCAAAGAACCAGGAACUUCCAAAAAUCUGACUUUAACUCGAGCUGCAAAGCAAGGAUGGUUAGAAAAAUCGAUAAUGGAAAAGGCAAUGGCUUCUCCUGAAAUGAGUGAAGGAAUUGUGGAUCCUGCACAGUGUAUGAUAUUACCUUACUCCGAGUUAAUAAAAAAAGGAAAAAUUGACAUGGAAUCUGGCAAGAGAUAUUUGGAGGUUGGAUAUUUUACGGGAAUUGUAGAUGAUGACUCUGGCAGGAUGUUAUCUGUUGCUGAAGCAGUAAAAGCAAUGAAAGUGGAUCCAGUGCCAGCUUUGCGACUGCUGCAGGCCCAAGCUGAUAGUGGUGGAAUUGUGGAUAGCGCUACUGGUAACAGAAUGACUCUUGCGAAAGCUGCAGAGUGUGAACUGGUAGGUGACAACAUGCUUAAGACUAUUGCUACCAAUCAACUUUUGAAUGGAGGAAUAUUUGAUGCACUUACUGGAGACAAGAUGCCACUGGUUCAAGCAGCUGAAAGUGGUCUGAUUAGUCAAAAGGUGGCCAAGGAAAUUCAAUUCAGUUUGGGUUUUAGGAGUGAAUGUACUGAUCCUGACCAGACUAGUGCUGCAGAGAUGAUAGAAAUUGUUAAACCCAUAAUGCAAAAAACCUCUUUCAAGGAACUAUCCUCAAAUGAAAUGAACCAGAUAUUACCUCCAAGAAUAAAUAUUGAAGACCAGUUGAGUGGUGAAAUUGGAAUAGUCACUUCCAAAAGUGAAGGGCUGUUGUUGCCUGAAGUGCUUAUAUCACCUGAAAUGGAUAAAAUGGCAGUUAAAGAAGAUCUAUUACCUCCUACUCAUGGUGAUACUACAAGUUCCCAUGGUCAGAUAGUCUCUGCUCAAGAAGCUUUGGUGUGUAUGGAUAAAGAGAUGGAAUUUGGAGAUGCAAAGAAAGUGGUUGAAGAAAUGGAGUUUUCUAAUGCCUCAGAGGAAUGCUUAAACAUUAUGGAGAAAGAACUGGACAUUUGUUUGGAAAUGAGUGAUUGUCAGAAAUUUGUGGAAGGAAAUGAUCAUAAUUCUGGAAAUGGAACACAAAGCAUGAUUUGUAAGAAUGUAGAAAGUAAGAGUGAUCAAGAAGUCUGUUUAGUGGAUAAUGAAAAGAAAGAACCCAAAUCAGAAGAAAAGGAACAACUGAUUUUACCAAGUAUAAAAGAUUUUCCCAACUUUGAGGCAAAGGGAAUGAAGGAAUUGAUAAAACAACGACUGGAAGAUGAAAUCUCAAGAGACAGUGUGCCUAUAAAUCGUAAAGAAAGAGAUGCACUUAUAAGAAAAAACAAGGAAACCAUUCAAAAGCUGGACGAUGAAAAUUUAACUGAAAUGAAGUUUUUUUUUGGAAUGGUAACAAAUAUUGAGCACCCUGAAGAAUCAAAUGUAGAAGCAGCGGAACAAGAAAAUAGAGAGCAAAAUGGACAAUUAACAGGUAAAAUAUCUGAUGAAGGUAAACGUUCCAGUGUUAGCGAAACAGCGCUAUCUGCUCUGCCCACAGAAAGUAUGUUUCUAACUAACGACCCAGUAAGUGAAAACUUGAUCAUACUUUCAAAAGAUAAGCACCUAUGUCCAGAAUCUAAAGAAAUAUUCAUCACAAAGAUAAGUGAAGGUGAAAGAUCAAUAACAUGCACAAAAGAAGAGGAAAAGACUGAAUUUGUUGAAAAACUGAAUAACACUUUAGGUCAGAAAAUUGCACCAAAUUCUAAAGCAACUGUUAGAAGUGGCCUAUUAGUUGGCAACAUUGAAACUGCCCAGAUGACCAAUGAAAAUUUACUGCAGAAACAAACUGAAGAACUAACAUUUACGAAUUUGAAUGAGCAAGGAGAUGAUAACAAAGAUACCAGAAGCAUUGAGAACAGACCAGAAGAGGAACAAAAGCAGGUAACUAUAACAUAUAUUGUAGAAUAG